UUGAAAAAUAUCACCUAGUUCAGUAUUUGGUUUUUGAGGAAAACAAAGAUGAAGAGGGACGCCGUGAAGCUUACAAAAACUUAGACUCUGAACAAUACUUGUCAAACACUUUCACUGACAAGUUAUUGGCACUUACUCUUUCUAAUUUGGUUGUGUUGAUUCGUACUCAUGUUACCCAUUCCCAGUCUUUAAACUUGCCAAAAGCAAGACCUUGGGCUGCUUUACAAAAUGAUGGCAAAGUGAUUGUUGCUGUUUGUGAUUGUAUUGCAGGGUUAGGUGGUGUAUGCAUACAUGUAAGUGCACUUCUUCAGUUGGCAGUUAAACAUUAUUCGGAUAGCCAGUGUGAGUCAAAUGAUGAAACAUCUGAUGACGAGAACAGUGUGCCUGUGACAUCUAGGCCGUGUACUUGGAAGAAGCCAACCAAGGGACCUGUACCAGUACCAAAGUUAGCACAUUUAAGCGUGUUCACUGAAAGGAAAGUGGAAAUACAAGAAGUAAAAGCAGUGUCUCCCGAAGAAUACCAUCGUACUAACGAAAAACUUGCUAGACUAAAUGACAAGUCUGUAGCACUGUGUUGUGUUGCAGCAUAUACCAAACAUUUUGAAUCUCCUACGCAGAAUGUAGUUCUACCUGUCCCUCUCACAAGUCUUUUCAAUCCUUUGUUUGAGGGAAAAUCAAUGAAUGAGGUGAGCGAAGAAUGCGAAAGAUUGAUUUCAACGCUAUCUAUUUCAAAAGAAGAGCAGCAUUCUGUCGAGUUGGUUACGCGCGACCAAAGUGUUAAUGAGGAGUGGAUUGAACAACGAAGUGGCAGACCAACAGGGACCAAAAUUACCCGCAUCUGUAAGAGAGAUUGGUCCAAAAUGGAGCUCACAAGUGGGGAAAUCAAGUUUGUCAUGGAAAUUUGUAACCCUGAACUAGCAAAGUUUACUGGCAACAAAAACACACGAUAUGGAUUGAAACAUGAACCCGAUGCAGUUGCUCUCUUACAAAAAGUAAUUAACGAGAAAAAAGAGCACGAGUCGUUCAAAUGUGAAGCAGUUGGAUUAGUGAUAUCAACCUCCACUCCAUAUCUAGCAGCGUCACCCGAUAGGGUUUGUAGUUGUUUGUGUCACGACAACUAUGUUUUGGAGGUAAAAUGUCCUCCAACAUUACACGGAAAAAACAUUGAAGAACAUGCCAGGAGGACAAAAGGAUUUUGUCUUUUGAUAAACAACGAUACAAACAAGUUGUACCUCGAUCCUAAACAUGAAUACUACUACCAGGUACAACUGCAACUGUAUGUAACUGGGCUGAAGUCUGCAAUUUUUGCUGUUUUUAAUGAGCUCCUGGCAAAGCGUUACAGUUCAGUAAAAAGUGUACCCGCGUCAAGAGACAUAAAUCAGUCUGCCGUACCGUUUCACAGUGCGAACCUUAAUCAGUACAUUUGCUACUGCCAAGAUCCAGCCAGAGAAGGGGAAACUAUUAUGUGUUGUAGUGAUAUGUGUGUCAUCCACGAGUUCCACAAAUCGUGCACUCGAAGCAAAGUAUUCAGGAAUUGGAUCUGUAUUUACUGCAACAAAAAAAUUGCUUCUCAACGAAGAAAAGUGGCUGCUGAACAAAAGAGGAAAGACGCUUCAUGUAACGCUAAUGAAAUUCUUGAAGACGUUACUGUAAAUAAAGAACUCAUCAGUAUCUCUACGCAACCAACAAGUUCUGGACACAUCGUUGGUAAUACUUUAACAAGUAACAUUGAAAAUCCAACUGUGGGUGAUGUUGGUCCCGUCGUUCAUCAACUUGUGAGCAGUAAUCGAUCUCAUUCUACCACUUCUCGGCGUGGUCGACCCCCCAAAACAAAAUUGAUCUCUGUACCGAUAUUAAUGAACCAAGUGCAAUCAGAAUCGUUUGUGGAACCGUGCAAUGUGGAACUUGUAAACGACGAGAAUGUUGCACCUAUGGAAACUCAAAUUGUUACAUCUACUGCAAAAACAGGAAGUCCAAGCUCUGUGUCCGUUCUAGGACAGCACAACACAUUAGUCAAUCACAGUCAAUCAAAGAGAAAAAAGGUGAAUCAUAAUAAAGAUUCUAUUCCGGUUGUGUGUACUGUAAAUUCUGUUAGUCGAUCCGGACGAAUAAGAAAGCCGAAUAAAAAUACCAUGAGAUGAAAUGUA